UAUUUAAUGAUACCCACUCGUCUCAGUAGGACUUCCUCUUCCAUAUUCCUUGGAUGUUGAGGCAGUGCUAAAAGGCUUCAGAAUACCAGCUUGAUGGACCCGAAACUCAGGAGAAUGGCUUCCUCUUUCCUGGCACUGCUGCUGCUGCUUGCGGGGGGAAUGUUCUCAUCUGCUCCACCCUCCUGGCCAUUGGACAAGGUUUUCCAGUAUAUUGAUCUCCACCAGGAUGAAUUUGUACAGGCACUCAAGGAGUGGGUGGCCGUCGAGAGUGACUCAGUUCAACCCAUGCCUCGUUUUAGACAAGAACUCUUCCGGAUGAUGGCUAUGGCUGCAGACAAGCUCCAGAGCCUGGGAGCUGAAGUGGAUUCUGUGGACUUGGGUUCUCAGCAGAUGCCUGAUGGCCAGAGUCUUCCCAUACCUCCCAUCAUACUGGCUCAUCUGGGGAAUGAUCCAAAGAAACCCACUGUGUGCUUCUAUGGGCACCUGGAUGUGCAGCCUGCUCAACAGGGUGACGGGUGGCUCACUAAUCCUUACACACUGACGGAGGUGGAUGGAAAGCUGUAUGGACGAGGAGCAACUGACAACAAAGGCCCUGUCUUAGCUUGGAUUAAUGCUGUGAGCGCCUUCAGAGCCUUGGAGCAAGAUCUCCCAGUGAAUAUCAAGCUCAUUCUGGAAGGGAUGGAAGAAGCUGGUUCUAUUGCCUUGGAGGAAUUUAUCAGAAAAGAAAAGGACCGAUUCUUCUCUAGCGUGGACUACAUUGUGAUCUCAGAUAAUCUAUGGCUUAGCAGGAGGAAACCUGCACUCACUUAUGGGACCCGAGGGAAUAGCUACUUCCUGGUGGAGGUGAAGUGCAGAGACCAAGAUUUUCAUUCAGGAACUUUUGGUGGCAUCCUUAAUGAACCAAUAGCUGACUUGGUUGCUCUUCUCGGGAGCCUGGUGGAUUCAUUUGGUCACAUCCUGAUACCUGGAAUCUAUGAUCAAGUGGCUCCUCUCACAGAGCAGGAAAAAGAAAUGUAUGAAGCCAUUGAUCUGGACCUUGAGCAAUAUCGGAAUAGCAGUCAAGUUCAGAAAUUUCUGUUUGAUACAAAGGAGGAAAUUCUAAUGCACCUAUGGAGGUACCCGUCUUUUUCUAUUCAUGGGAUUGAGGGUGCAUUUGAUGAACCUGGAAUUAAAACAGUCAUACCUGGCCGGGUUACAGGGAAAUUUUCAAUCCGUCUAGUCCCUCACAUGAAUGUGUCUACAGUGGAAAAACAGGUGAAGCAGCAUCUUGAAGAUGUAUUCUCCAAAAGAAAUAGUUCCAACCAGAUGGCUAUUUCUAUGGUAGUAGGAGUUCAACCAUGGAAUGCAAAUAUUAAUGAUACUCAGUAUCUUGCAGCAAAAAGAGCCAUCAAAACAGUGUUUGGAAUGGAACCUGAUAUGAUCCAAGACGGAUCAAGCAUUCCUAUUGCCAAACUAUUCCAAGACAUUGUCCAAAAGAGUGUGAUGAUGCUUCCCUUGGGGGCUGUCGAUGAUGGAGAGCACUCUCAGAACGAGAAGAUCAACAGGUGGAACUACAUAGAGGGGUCCAAGUUAUUUGCUGCCUUUUUCUCGGAGAUGGCGAAACUGCAUUCAUGACAGGAAUCUUCCAGACUGAUGUGCCCCAUUGACCACCCCCCCACCAUGUCCCCAGAUAGGGAUGGAAUCUAAAUAUCCAGAUAAUGUUGCUCUAACUAAGUACUCUUUUCCCUCUCAUUUAAACUGUCUUUGGAUACUUGGAAUGAUAAUAAAAUAUCUUAAAGGCACAAACA